UUUACAAAUUGCAAUAGUAAAAAACUACAAAAAGAUUUCAAUUCUUUACUAAAGUAAAAUUUUUCCGAAUCCCAAAUAAACUAAUGAUCGCUGACCAAUUCAAAACUUCCUUCUUUAGCAUAUCACCCCGGAUCUAAAAAAAAUACCCAAGAAAACUAAAACUUCUUACACAACAACAAGUGCAUGUCUACGAAAAUCGAGAGAGGGAGUAUAAAAAGUCAAUGUCGAUGACGACAUUUUUGACUUUAAAGCUGCUCUUUAUGCUGCUUCUCUUAACGCUUAUACACACUAUUAAGGCAGAGAGCCUAAAAAAUAAACCAAAUUUAUUUAUCAAACAAAAUGUAAAAAGUCUCAAAAACAAUAAAACGGAUAGUCUUCAUAAAUCGGUUAAUUUAGGAAAUAUAACAGAUGUCGUUUACAAAUCAUCACUACCAAAACCAACAGAAAAUGUUGCUAAACUCCGAAUACAAACAAUGGAAAAGAAAGAGAAAAUAACGGACAGUGGGUUGAAAGCCAAUAGUAAAUUAAUGAAACGUUUAAAACGUCAACAUUUAUCAACUUCCGGCUCAACGGCUAUGACUUCUUCAACGUACGAUUUAACAGCCUUAAAUCAUCAUCAAUUAAGUUUACCCUCUGUGCCGUUGCCUCCACCACCGCCCUUUCCUAAUACCAAUUUCAAUCUCUCGCCAUUUGGUUCAGCUGGUGGUGUUGGUGCUGUUGGUAAAUCAAUGAAUGCUUUUGCAUUUCAAAACCAAAAUCAUCACCAUCAAACACCUUCAUCUUUGUCGUGUGGUGGCAUUUUAAAGGCACGACAUGGUGUCAUACAGACACCCAAUUUUCCACAUAAAUUCACCACCCCCAUUGAAUGUGUUUGGAUUAUUGAUGCCUCCGAACUGAUGCCACAUUCUGGUCACAACAUAUCGAUUGUUGUAUAUUUGACCCAAUUGUACGUUUUGGGUGGCCUUAAAUUCACUGAAUACAUGUACUAUUCGGACGAUUACAAAGUGCCCGCUCAUCGUGUCUUCACACUCACCGAAGACGAUGUCACGCAGGUGGCGUGGGUACAAUUCAAUUCACAAUAUUUGGAGAUACGUUUUCGCAUGUCAUCGUUGGAUGGCACACAUUUGCGUGCCUUGGAUCGUUUGUUGGAUGUUUAUGGUUUCAAUAUGACAUACGAGGUGGAACCGGUCAAGGAAUAUCAAUGCAAUACGUUGCAGUGUCGAUUUUUGGGUCAUUGUUAUGCAAAAGCGGAUUUUAGCUCGUAUUAUUGUUCCUGUUUUCCUGGCUUCAGUGGCAUGGAUUGUGGUCGUGGUCCUCUAUGUGAAGAUCCGCAUACGAAUAUUUGUCAAAAUGGCGGCACUUGCAAACACAUUGGAGAUGCUGCCAUCACUUGCCACUGUCCGGUUGGUUAUAAAGGCACCAAAUGUGAAAUUCCCGAUAUCAGUGAAAUAACAAUGG